CUUGUUGUUGUCUGUUUGUGAAGUUUGCGCGUUCGUCUUUUGUUUGGUUUUCAUUAUUGGGUUUAUUUUUGUGUGUGAAAACCGAUCUACUAUUCAUCAAUUUAAAUUGCCAGCGGUUGCCAGUUGGAUCAACAAACACAGUCGACAACAUUUUCCCACAGCCAUCUCCCUCCCUCUUUCUCUCCUGUGUGCAAUUAAAAAAAACACAAUAAUCCAAUUGAGGUUUGGGCAGGCCAGUGUGCCCACACCCAUAAAGGAAAAAAGAAAAAAAAACGAGAGAAUGCAAUUGCUGCAAUUGAUUCCUUCGUUGCUUGCACUCCUGCUGCUCUGCUGCGGAGCACAACAAAUUGCUGGCGACUACGAAAACACAUGGAAUUUCUACUAUGAGCAACCCUGUUGCGCCGGCAACGAGCAAUCGAACUACCCGAGACACAAAAGAGAUCAUGUGCGGGAAUUCACAUGCGGCAAACUCUACUAUCGCACUUUCCACUUGAAUGAGGAGCGCGAUUCGCUCUAUGUGGGCGCCAUGGAUCGGGUGUUCCGUUUGAAUUUGCAAAAUAUAUCCUCAUCGUAUUGUGAUCGAGAUGUUAUCAAUUUGGAACCCACACGCGACGAUGUUGUGAGCUGUGUGUCAAAGGGCAAAAGUCAGGUCUUUGAUUGCAAGAAUCAUGUGCGUGUCAUACAAUCGAUGCAGCAAGGCGAUAGGCUCUACGUUUGUGGCACCAAUGCUCACAAUCCCAAGGAUUACGUCAUCUAUUCGAAUUUGACGCACUUGCCACGCUCGGAGUAUGUGAUCGGUGUUGGUUUGGGUAUUGCAAAGUGCCCCUACGAUCCUUUGGACAAUUCAACUGCCAUUUACGUGGAGGACGGUAAUCCCGGCGGAUUGCCUGGUCUGUACUCGGGCACCAAUGCGGAAUUCACAAAGGCGGAUACUGUGAUCUUUCGAACGGAUUUAUAUAAUACGUCAGCAAAGCGCUUGGAAUACAAAUUCAAGCGCACGCUCAAAUAUGAUUCCAAGUGGUUGGACAAACCCAAUUUCGUUGGCUCCUUUGACAUUGGCGAGUACGUGUAUUUCUUUUUCCGCGAAACGGCCGUGGAGUAUAUUAACUGUGGCAAGGCUGUCUAUUCGCGCAUCGCACGCGUCUGCAAGAAGGAUGUGGGUGGCAAGAAUUUGUUGGCGCACAAUUGGGCCACAUAUCUGAAGGCACGGCUCAAUUGCAGCAUAUCGGGCGAAUUUCCUUUCUACUUCAAUGAGAUCCAAUCGGUUUAUCAGCUGCCCAAUGACAAGACUCGUUUCUAUGCCACAUUCACGACCAGCACCAAUGGCCUGAUUGGAUCAGCCGUAUGCAGUUUCCACAUUAACGAGGUCCAGGCUGCCUUCAAUGGCAAAUUUAAGGAGCAAUCCUCUUCAAACUCCGCCUGGCUGCCGGUGCUCAACUCCCGUGUGCCCGAUCCGCGACCCGGCACAUGUGUCAACGAUACCUCAAAUCUGCCAGAUACCGUCCUGAAUUUCAUACGCUCGCAUCCACUUAUGGACAAAGCCGUAAAUCACGAACACAACAAUCCGGUCUAUUAUAAAAGGGAUUUGGUGUUCACAAAGCUCGUUGUUGACAAAAUCAAAAUCGACAUAUUGAACCAGGAGUACACAGUGUAUUACGUGGGCACCAAUCUGGGUCGCAUCUACAAAAUCGUGCAGUAUUAUCGCAAUGGCGAAUCGCUGUCAAAGUUGCUGGACAUAUUUGAGGUGGCGACCAACGAGGCCAUUCAGGUGAUGGAAAUCAGUCAGACACGUAAAUCCCUCUAUGUGGGCACCGAUCAUCGCAUCAAGCAAAUCGAUUUGGCCAUGUGCAAUCGACGUUAUGACAAUUGCUUCCGUUGUGUCCGUGAUCCCUACUGCGGCUGGGACAAGGAGUCAAACACGUGCCGGCCAUACGAAUCGGAGCUUUUGCAGGAUGUGGCCAAUGAGACGAGCGACAUAUGCGAUUCCAGUGUGCUGAAGAAGAAAAUCGUCGUCACAUACGGCCAGAGUGUCCAUCUGGGCUGCUUUGUCAAGAUACCGGAGGUGCUGAAGAACGAACAGGUCACCUGGUACCAUCACUCCAAGGACAGGGGACGCUAUGAGAUCAAAUACAAUCCAACCAAAUACAUUGAGACGACGGAACGCGGACUUGUUGUGGUGUCGGUGAAUGAGGCCGAUGGGGGACGCUACGAUUGUCACCUGGGUGGUUCGCUGUUGUGCAGCUACAACAUUACCGUCGAUGCACAUAGAUGCACGCCACCAAACAAAAGCAAUGACUAUCAGAAAAUCUAUUCGGAUUGGUGUCACGAAUUCGAGAAAUAUAAAACCGCCAUGAAGUCCUGGGAAAAGAAGCAAGCGCAAUGCUCGACACGCCAGAACUUUAGCAGCAAUCAGCACCCAAAUGAUAUUUUCCGCAAGAAUAAUGUUUGAUACGAUGACGAUAGCUUCAUAGUCACCAUGCCAACCAUCCAUGUCCAUUAAACGUUUCUACUAAUUCGUGAAUGAAGUUCUCAGCAUCAACAUACCGCAUACUGCAUCAAAUCGAAUCAUCGAAUCAGAAAUCACAGAAAAAAAACUCAAUAGAUCGUCUAUCUUCGACUUAAGAUGCCGCACAGAUCAAUCAAUCAAUCAAUCAUUCAUCCAUUGGCGCUAAACUGAUAAAUUUAAGCAAUUGCAUCAAGAGCAUAAUCGAAUCCUAGCAAACUGCAUUUAUACGAAUAUCAACGUACAUAUGUAUAGUGAACCACUUCCAGUACAGUGCAUUUAUUCAACUCUACUCCAAUAAUCGUGACAACUAAUAAGGUUUAUUAAACACAAAACAAUUUGUCUACACAAUAAUAUAAAUACAGACCAUUCUACAAAUAGCUAGCUACAAACAAUUAAUAAGAAAAAAAAACUGCCGCUCGCAUCGCAAACAAUAUAAAUAUAACAAGAAGAAAAAGAGAAAAAA